AUGGAUAUAGGCCCUAUAUCUACCGCUCGAAAUGUAAGGGUAAGGUCGUUGAGGCGAGUAUUAGCAAGUAUGGUGAUUCACCCAAGCCACGAUGGCCUUAUGAAAACUGUUGCGAGAGAUCUCGACGAGCCGUGGUAUGCUUGGACGAGUCCAUGUGCUAGGGUUAUCGGUCUCAAAAGCCGAAAUGGUUUGGGUUAUGUAAGGCGGGACAAGGAAGUUCCGAGCGCCAAUCCGGAGGCUCGGGAGGAUAAGGCGACUCCGGUUAUUUGA